AGCAGCCCGCAGCAGCAGCAGCAGCAGCAGCAGCAGCAGCAGCAGCAGCAGCAGCAGCAGCAGCAGCAGCAGCAGCCUCAGCAGCAGCAUCAGCAGCAGCAGCGCAGCAGCAGCAAGCAGCAGCAGCAGGCAGCAGCAGCAGCAGCGCAGCAGCAGCAGCAGCAGCCGCAGACACACAGCACAGCAGGCAGCAGAGCAGCAGCAUGCAGCAGCAGCCAGCAGCAGCAGCAGCUCAGCAGCAGCAGCAAGCAGCACAGCAGUCAGCAGCAGCAGCAGCAGCAGCAGCAGCAGCAGCAGCAGCAGCAGCAGCAGCAGCAGCAGCAGCAGCAGCCACAGCAGCAGCAGCAGCAGCAGCAGCAGCAGCAGCAGCAGCAGCAGCAGCAGCAGCAGCAGCAGCAGCAGCAGCAGCAGCAGCAGCAGCAGCAGCAGCAGCAGCAGCAGCAGCAGCAGCAGCAGCACAGCAGCGCAGCAGCAGCAGCAGCAGCAGCAGCAGCAGCAGCAGCAGCAGCAGCAGCAGCAGCAGCAGCAGCAGCAGCAGCAGCAGCAGCAGCAGCAGCAGCAGCAGCAGCAGCAGCACAGCAGCAGCAGCAGCAGCAGCAGCAGCAGCAGCAGCAGCAGCAGCAGCAGCAGCAGCAGCAGCAGCAGCAGCAGCAGCAGCAGCAGCAGCAGCAGCAGCAGCAGCAGCAGCAGCAGCAGCAG